GCGCGCAGGCGCAGUCGCCGCCUCGCCCGGCCAUGGCGCCUUCCCUGCUCACGCUGGGUCGCCUGCUGCGCGCGGGUGCCUGGCCCCGGCCGCGCUGGCCCGGCUGCAGGACACUGGGCAGCACCGCAGCCCCGGUGGUCCGCGAGCGCGAGGACGACGGCGAUGUCACCGACAGGAUCCUGAAGGAGCCGCUGAAGCACUCCGACUUCUUCAAUGUCAAGGAGCUGUUUUCCGUGCGCAGCCUUUUCGAGGCCCGCGUGCACCUGGGACAUAAGGCCGGCUGCCGGCACAGGUUUAUGGAGCCCUUCAUCUUCGGGAACCGCCUGGACCAGGACAUCAUCGACCUGGAGCAGACGGCCGUGCACCUGCAGCUGGCCCUCAACUUCACCGCCCACGUGGCCUACCGCGGGGGCAUCAUCUUGCUGGUGAGCCGCCACCGGCAGUUCUCCCACCUGAUCGAGAACACGGCACAGGCCUGCGGCGAGUACGCCCACACCCGCUACUUCAAGGGCGGGCUGCUGACCAACGCCGACCUCCUCCUGGGCCCCGGGGUGCGCCUGCCGGACCUCAUCGUCUUCCUGCACACGCUCAACAACGUGUUCGAGCCCCACGUGGCCGUGCGGGACGCCGCCAAGAUGAACAUCCCCACGGUGGGCAUCGUGGACACCAACUGUAACCCGUGCCUCAUCACCUACCCCGUGCCCGGCAACGACGACUCGCCCCCGGCCGUGCAGCUCUUCUGCAGGCUUUUCCGCACCACCAUCACCCGCGCCAAGGAGAAGCGCAGGCAGAUGGAGGCCUUGUACCGGCUGCAGGGCCUGGGCGCCGCCGGCCUGCCUUCCGGGCCUGCGACGGCCGCCACUCCUCCCUGAGCCGCCCAGCCCUGUGUCCCCACCCUUCCUCUGGCGUUGGCUGCCUGUUGCUGAGGACGCGGCCGUGCCGGGUACCCAGACCAGACACAGGGCCUGUCAGCUGUGUCCUCCCUGGGCUUGCCCGGAAGAUGCAGGGCUCCAAGGAG